AUGAAUAAGUUUGAUAAAAAAAAAAAAGAUGAGGAGAACAAUGUAACCAGCCACACAAAAAAUUUCAUAUUUAAAAAUGAAUACAAGUACGUAGACGCAACCAACGUUUUGAAGAAUAUUUUUUUAAAAGACAAGAAAAAAGAACAGUCUUCCAAAAAAGUCACUCCUAUAAAAAAAUAUUUUGUGAAUAAAAAUUUAAGUGAGUUGAUUCCUAGUAGGAGGGGUGGCAAAGGGGAUGGACAUCAAAAGGGAGAAAAGAAAUUUAAUUACCUAAGCAAAGAUGGUGGUAAGCAGUUAAAGAAGGAAAAGUCUGUAAGGUUUGGGCCUUCGUAUAAUUAUGAUGUAGACACAACGCCGUCCUAUCGUAAUGACAGAAAUGACAGUAGCGCCCCUUUGAGUUCCAUUCGAAAUGUCCCCGCAAAAAGUUGCGUGAAAGUGCCAGUGCCCCGGGCACGCAGGCGCAAAAUAUAUUCGUCCUCCGAGGGGGAGGAAGAAGAAAUCGAAGUGGAGGAAGAAGUCGAGGAGGAAGAGGAAGUAGAGGAAGAAGUCGAA